UUCCAUUGAAUUCCUAUUUUUGUUCUUUUAAUUUGAACAUGGAUGGCAACAAAGAUGAUGCCUUGAAAUGCUUGAAAAUCGGCAAAGAUGCAUUGGACGCCGGAGAUCGAGACCGUGCGCUCAAAUUCCUCACCAAAGCGCGUCGGCUCGACCCAUCUCUUCCCGUCGACAAUCUCUUAUCAGAGGCUAAUGAAGCGAAAUCCGACGAUCGGUCGACCCCGGAACCUCCUUCCGAUUCUUCUCAAUCCAAGCCGUCCGAUAAACCCUCAAUUCGCCGGAGGAAUCCACCGUCUGGAUCUGCGGCUGCUUCUUCCUCCUCGCCGACGGCUAUUGCAGGUACGUACACCGAAGAGCAACUCUUGAUCGUGAAGCAAAUCAAGAAGAAGAAGGAUUAUUAUGAAAUUUUGGGGUUAGAGAAAACGUGUUCCGUUGAUGAUGUUCGAAAAGCUUAUCGGAAACUGUCCUUGAAAGUUCAUCCCGAUAAGAACCAAGCUCCCGGUGCCGAGGAAGCCUUCAAGUCGGUUUCGAAAGCGUUUCAAUGCUUAAGCAAUGAAGAAAGUAGGAAAAGGUACGAUCUCGUUGGAUUGGACGAACCUGUUUACGAGAGGAGAGCUUCACCGUAUCGUGGCGGGGGCAAUGGAUUCAAUGGCUUUUACGAUACAGAUUUUGACGCGGACGAGAUAUUUAGGAACUUCUUCUUCGGUGGGAUGCCUCCGGCGACUACCCAAUUUCGAAGUUUCAAUUUUGGACCUGGAAUGGGAGCUAGAACGGGGGAUCAAGGCUCUGCUGGAUUCAACAUCCGAAUGCUGAUUCAGUUGCUGCCGAUCCUUCUAAUCAUCUUGUUUAGCUUUUUACCAUCAUCUGAGCCUGUUUUUUCGCUGUCCAGGUCGUAUCCUUAUGAGUACAAGUUCACAACAAAGAAUGGUGUGAACUUUUACGUGAGGUCGACGAAAUUCAAGCAGGAUUAUCCAGAUGAUAGUAUUGAGCGUGCAAGGAUUGAGGAACGUGUUGAGAGAGAUUAUUAUUCUAUUUUGACUCAGAACUGUAGAUUUGAGCUUCAGCGGCAGCAAUGGGGAUUUAUCCGUGAGACGCCGCAUUGCGAUAGGCUCGAGAAGUUUCAGUCUGCAGCAGCAGCAGCAGCUUAAUGGCUUCUAUUAAGGUGACAGACUGAACAAAAGUGGUCGGACUUGUCACGUUGCACACUCUGCUUUCCAUACAUAGCAAACACGGAACUGCACUUUGUUUUGGAGUGUAUAAUUGGGUUCUCAAGCUGCUAAGGAAGGCAUUAGGCCACAUACUGAGAUUUUUUAUUGAUAUAAUUUGGUUAAUGUAAGAUUUUAUAUAUCCAGGUUGAUGUAUGUCUAGAAUGUUAUCUGGACUGAUAUGGCUUAUGCAGACCAUCCAUUUUGAUGUUA